GACAACCUAACCGGUCCUAACUGCACACUACCAGCUCGCUCGAGCCCAAGAUAAGAACACUGAAAAGCAGAAAAAAACAGCAAAACAGUAUCAAGUCAUUUUAGCGAGUACUUUACUAAUUUAUAGUUAAUGUUGGCACCUGAUAUUAUCGCUUCCUUAACUAGAUAAAACUGCAUUAGUGAGUGAACUGUUAAUUAAGUACAGUAAAUAAUUUAUGGAUUAAUGGCUGUUUUUAAGGCGUCUGAUUGUCUGUACACUGCUUGGAAUAUAAAGUGCGGCGGCGGAAUAAUCACGUUAGGCACCCUGCAGGUCACACAAACCGGGAGGGCAUUAUGGUUAUUUUCUGCUGUGGACUAAACAAUGUCGCCUGCAUUAAUUAGUAAAAAACUUUUGGAGUAAUCCUGCGCUAAAUGCUAUGAUUCGCGGUCUGGCAGCACUUCUGUUCGAUGGGAAUUAUUUGAUUAGUUCCGUAAUUUUACGAUCUACAAGCAAUAUGUGCCAUGAUAACAUGGAUUCGCACCCCAACGUUCUCUGCUCCGAGCGAGAAUGACGACGACGAGGAUGUCCUCUCGGGUACCGAGCCAGGAGAUGCUCGGAGAGGCUCCCUUCAAAGUGGAACAGCCCAGUUUAGUCGCAUUCAGCGGCUGCGACGCCACUUGGUUGAUCCGUACUUGCAAAAACGCGCCAAAUAUGGAAGCCUUCAGCCAUCACUAACCGGGACUGAGUUUGAAUUAGUACACUUUUCGGCUGGUGGCCGGCGGUUCGCCAGCCCAGACACGAUCUUAGCUAAUCAUCCUAAUACCGUUCUGGGGGAUCCAGCCAAAAGAUCAUUCCAUUAUUCGUUAUCUAGGCAUACACAUACUUUUUCUACAGUUCUGCCUGAUGUGUUCGAAGCAGUUCUUGAAUUUUAUGAAGGAGCCCCGCUAAUACGCCCAGAUCGUCUUACUGUUGAUUACUUUUUGGAACAGCUGGAAAUAUUUGAAUUUGAUGCUUCGGUUAUUACGCGAUAUUUGCGUUCAGAAGGUGUGAAGCUACCCAGGAAGCCCCCGACAAGACGAACUGACAUUCAACCCGCUUGGAAAGAUCGUAUCUGGGAUUUCUUUGUUUAUCCCGAACUAUCUCUGGCAUCGCGCGCCUACAACGUCAUAUCAUUAAUUUUUACAUGCGUUUCCAUUGCGAUAUACGCAUUAGAGACUGUUCCGGAGUUGAAUGCCUUAAUGGGCACGACGCAAACGCUGGGUGAUGCCUUCAAAAACCCAUUCUUUAUUAUUAACACCAUUUGCUACAUAUUCUUCACAGUGGAGCUGGUAGGGCGAUUUGUGGGCUGUCCCGACAAAUUGUGGUUUUUUCGUCGUUGGUAUCACUGGGUCGACUUAGUGUCAAUCCUGGCGCAUGUUAUUGUCAUGGUGGUGAUGGGUACCGGCGGCUACUCAGCUGGUCAGCCUAAUGUUGCGCGACAGAUCGGUGUGAUUCGCGCGAUAAGGUUGUUUCGAAUCCUGAAACCCAUUGGGGCGUCCAAGACCAUUGGUUCACCGAGUCAGUACUGGAUUGGAAUAUUAUGGCAGACGGUGCGCAACAACGCGUCAACGCUGCUGGUGCUGCUGUUCUUACUGCUGCUCUGCAUGGUUUUGUUUGCGGGAAUUCAGUAUGCCAUUGAAGGCGGACCAGGCCAAGCGAUUCCAUCAAUUCCCCAUGGCUUCUGGUGGGCCAUUAUAACAAUGACAACUGUCGGAUACGGGGACAUUUAUCCUCGCUAUGCGGCCGGCCAGUUCGUAGCCGUAAUAUGCGGAUCUGUUGGGCUAAUUUUCAUCGCCUUUCUUCUGCAUUCGGUGUCGAGUGGAUAUCAGCGUUUGAUGAAGAACAAUGCUGAAUACCGGCGCUAUCUCAUGCGUCAAAAGAAAAGGCGGCUAUCGCAGCAGCCCAGAGAAGACUCUUUGUUUGCAAGCACUUCUUCUACGUUGGACGAGGAAAAGGCAUCCCAGAUGGGGGAACAAAUCGUUGUGGUCAACGGAGCGGAAUUCAUCAUUCCGGUGAACGAGCUGGCCUUAUUCCCCGACACGUUAAUAAGCAACCACGAAAAACGCACGUCCCACUUUUUGAAGGACAAUAAAACGCUGUACUUUCCACGAAGCGCGAGCAUAUUCCCGUCAUUUGCGUCAUUUUAUAAAUCCGGAGGAUUCUUACGGAGGCCUCCAUUUGUUCCGAUGCGCAAAUUUGUAGAGGAACUGGUCUUCUAUGAAAUGGGCGAGAAAGCUUUAACUGAUCUUUUUGCAUCCGAAGGAAUCAGCUUGGAACGCGAGCUGGAGCCCACAAACCGAUUACAGUUGUUCUGGUAUCGAGUUUGGGAGCAUCCGGAAUUUAACUGCAUCUCCCGCACAAUCGCCAUCAUCUCCAUUCUGAUCAUUACGACGUCCGUAACGACUUUGAUUCUAGAGACGAUACCGCAGGUAUUAAGCGAUGAAUGCAUUGGGGCACACAAUAAUGCAAGCGCCACUAAUUCGUCCGUUCCUUUAUCUAAAAAACUGUUGAAUCAAAGCGAGUGUGCUGAAGAAUGGACAUUUUUUAUACUGGAGUCUGUAUGCACGUCUUGGUACACGUUAGAAUUAGUAUCACGCUUCAUUGUGGCACCCUCCAAGAUCCGCUUCGCUAAAGCCAUCAUGAACUGGGUGGAUGCCUUAACCAUAUUCCCGUACAUAUUCACACUGAUAGAGAUGUUCUCUGAUACAUCACCAUCCAGCAUUAUUGUCAAUUCGUUUGGAUUCUUACGCACAAUUAGGCUGAUUCGUCUCAUUGCACUGUUCAAGUUUUCCCGGUUCUCGAAAACCAUGCAGAUGAUCUUAACCAUUUUACGAUCGGCAUGGUUUGAGCUGUGCAUGUCAUGUUACUUUUCGUUUGUUAUGGCCAUCAUUUUCGGAACCACAGGCUAUCUAUUUGAGCAAAUGAGCGAUAAGCCGAAUAUCAACAGUAUUCCGCGAGGAAUGUACUGGGCUUGGAUUACUAUGUUGACCAUUGGCUAUGGUGACAUUGUACCGGUGACUGUUGGAGGAUAUAUUAUUGGUGGUCUGUGUGCCAUUGCUGGAACACUGUUUUGGUCACUUCCAAUGACGCUCGUGGCUGACCAUUAUGCCAAAUAUCGAGGAUUAUAUAACGAUCAGGAAUUCAUGAUUGCCGUACUGGAGCGACUGGAGCGAGCGAGGAAAAAAAGAGAAGGCUCGUUAGUGCAUUCUGAAGGGAUCCAGCCGUUGGAUUUAAGGAAAAUAGAAGCUCUAACGGAGAUGCCGGAAACGAUGAGCGGGUUUGUUUCUUUGCCACCGUCUAAAGCUGACGAUGAGCGGACUUCAGAACCCCGUAUAUCGGUCAUGGGCGACUCAGUGGCUACCUUGCGGCCUGUUCCACGAAACCGCUCUUUAGAAAUGAUAAUUACUUCCCCUCCAAUUCCAGUAUUUUCAGAAUAUCCUAUCCCUUCCAAAUCACAUUUACGCCCUGUAGAGUAGGAAACGUAACGGACUGCUACUAAAAUUAAGUGGUGCCAAGUUUUCGGCGGUUAUAAGAUUGCUUCUUUUCCUGUGGACUUUGAAUAUUAAUGUUUUUUUGUUUGUCAAUCAGCUCUUAACUCUCUUUUUUAUUCUAGUCUUCUUUUCAUAUUCAAGCACUUCUAGUUUUUUGAUUGCUAAAUAGCAGAAUAGAUACUGUACGAGUAGUGCAGUUGUCAAGGGCUGCAGCUGAAUUAUGAAUGUGAUUAUCAAUAUAAUUUAAUUAUUACUAUAUAAAAAUAAAUAACCUUUCAAAAAGCUACCGGCUUGCGGCAAUUUGGCAUGCGACCGUUGCAGAUUCCUAAUGUAACAGCAGAGCAUAAUUAAGACGAAGACACUAUCUCUGCUCUCUAAUCAAUCAAAUCCGUUAUUUAUUAUUUUCCAAUGGGAAAAGAAGCUCCCAAAAUAGCACAACAAGCGGAAGCGGCAGAAGUAGUGGAAGAAGCUCAGCCGCUUC